AUAUAUUGAUGAUGUGUAAUGAUGACACCUAUACGGAAUGUAUAAAACAAUUCACGCCUUCCCUUUCUUUUCCCACCGUCUUUCAACCUCAAAAUGCAUCCUCUUGUUCUAUUCUUCUUCUUCACAGCAUGUUUAGCCAGCAAAUAUUGCCCCCUUCUCGGGCCAGUCUUCCCUGCUGCCAAACAUCUCUCCGACAGUGAAUCAUUCGCAGCAGCCAAAAUACAUCUAUCAAACACCCUCGACAAAGCUAUCAAGACUUCAUCGAUUCUGAAUUCUAAUACAACUUCACUGUCUCUGCAGUUAUUCUCAACUAACGAUGUAGACCCACUCCUGGAAUACUACUACACCGCGCCGAUCAUUCAAAACGCCACGACCGGUGUGACAAAAGUAGAUGCGGAUUCAGUCUUUCGCAUUGGCAGUGUGACCAAAGUAUUGACUAUUCUUGUGCUGUUGGUUGAAGAGGGAGACGCAAUUUUUCAUGAACCCAUCACCAAGUACAUUCCAGAGCUGCGGAAUGCAGGGGUUGCAGAUGAUGAAAUCGACAGCGUGCGAUGGGAUGAAGUGACAAUUGGAGAGCUAGCGAGCCAAUUAUCUGGGAUUGGUCGAGAUUAUGGCUUCAUCGAUCUCUCACGCUUUCUGCCCGAGUCUCAACAAAGGGCGCUGGGAUUGCCUGCGCUGCCAGAAAACGAGAUUCCCCCUUGUGGGUCGUUAAGAAUCUGUACCAGAGCUCAAUUCUUCGAGGGAAUGACAAAAGAACAUCCUGCUUUCCCGACGUCUUCAACGCCAGUCUACUCCAACGCAGCGUAUGAGAUUCUCGCAUUCGCCCUGGAAGACAUGAAGAACCAGAGCUUUGAAUCUCUCCUUCAGAGGGACAUCAUUAAUCCACUACACUUGCAUGGCACGACAUACAGCAAACCGCACGACAAAUACGGCGUCAUUCCCAGAGAUCCCACCUCCAGCUUCUGGGAUACUGACUUGGGCAAUGUAUCUGCGGCUGGAUCAGUAUAUUCUACUGCCACCGACAUGGCAGCUCUAGGACGAGCGAUUCUAAAGAGCACACUGCUCCCUAAACCCAUGACAAGGCGCUGGCUGAAACCCGCCUCGCACACUUCAUCCCUCGACUUGGCAGUCGGGUGGCCGUGGGAGAUAUUAUCGUUCAACCAGUCUCGCACCCUCGAUCUGUAUACGAAACUUGGCGAUGUGGGAGAUUAUUCCGCGGUGUUUGCCUUGUCGCCGGAGUAUGGCUUUGGGUUCAUCGCAAUGGUCGCGGGGGAUGAUUCUUCUGAUGUUACGAGACAAGUUGCGGAUGUUGUUUCUAAUGCUGCUCUUCCUGCGCUGGAAGAUGCAGCGAGAGAAGAAGCUUGUUGUCGCUUUAGUGGGGAGUAUGCUACUGACCAGGCCAAUUCGUCUAUAUCCAUCACCGCCGACGACGGACCCGGUCUCAAGGUCGAACACUGGAUUAAUAACUCAACAGACAUGUUCGACUCAUUGAAGACUCUCGCUCAACCAAUCCAACUGUCAAAUGUCAGCAUCCGGCUAUAUCCAACCGGGCUAGAGACUAAGAACCGAGUCUCAUUCCGGGCUAUCACGGUGGAUCCUUUUGCUCCUCCUGGCCUGGGGCCGGUUACAUCUUCGUGCUGGUCUUGGGUACUAAUAGAUCGGAAUCUGUAUGGGAGUGUCGGUCUUGAUGAGUUUGUCUUUGAUGUGGAUGAUGAGGGGAAUGCGGUUGCUGUGACGCCACGGGGAUUGCGGGUUUCCCUUGAAAGGGUUUGAGAUAUAUUGAUAUAGAGGAUUUAU